AUGGUUAACGCUCCCGAAAUCGGCAAAGUGCUCCCUUCGUGGUGGAAGGAAGGCGUCGUGACCUAUCAAGUCUAUCCCGCUUCGUUCAAGGACGACAAUGGCGACGGACUAGGCGACCUCCGUGGCGUGAUCAACAAGCUCGACUACAUUAAGUCGCUCGGCGUCGACGCGAUCUGGUUGUCGCCGCAUUACAAGUCGCCGCGAGUCGACGAGGGCUACGACAUCUCGGACUACAACGACAUCCACGAACCCUUCGGAACGCUCGCAGACUGCCAGGAGCUUAUCGACGGUGCUCACGCUCGCGGACUCAAGAUCCUCUUCGACCUCGUCGUCAACCAUACCUCUGACAAGCAUGCCUGGUUUGAGGAGAGUCGUUCGUCGAAGACGAACCCGAAGCGCAACUGGUACUUUUGGCGCCCGCCCCGCUAUAUUGACGGCGUCAGGCAUCCUCCGAACAACUGGCGUUCCGUCUUUGGCGGCAGCAUCUGGGAAUGGGACGAGAAGACGGAGGAGUACUAUCUUCACUACUUCUGCGUCGAGCAGCCCGACCUGAACUGGGAGAACCCGGAGGUUCGACGGGCCAUAUACGAAGACGCAGUCGUGUUCUGGCUCGAGCGCGGCGUCGACGGCUUCCGCAUCGACACUGUAAACAUGUACUCCAAGUACCUCGACUUCCCCGACGCUCCCGUUGUCGCUCCCGAGACGCCCUACCAGCCUGCAGGCCAGUUCUUCACCAAUGGACCACGGCUUGGCGAGUUCCUUCGGGAGAUGCGACGCGAGACAUUCGCCAAGUACGACUGCUUCACCAUCGGCGAGCUCCCUCACACUCCUUCACUCGAGAAGAUCCUCUCGUACAUCUCGACGGAUGCCGAAGCGCUCGACUGCACCAUCCUCUUCGACGUGAUGGACCUCGACCACAAGGGCGGUCAGUACCCCUUGAUGGCGUGCGACUGGACUUUGCAAGAGUUCAAGCGCCUCACGGCGUUCGCGCAGCAGCUCGCCGACCCGCAGAACAAGGCGCACGCCCUUUCCUACAUCGAGAACCACGAUCAAGCUCGCGCAAUUACUCGCUUCGCUUCGGACGCCCCCGAGCACCGCGUCGCGUCCGGCAAGCUGAUCGCGACCUACCUCCUCACCCUCUCCGGCUCGCUCAUCAUCUACGAGGGUCAAGAGAUCGGUAUGAUCAAUGCGCCGAAGGAUUGGGACAUCACUGAGGAGUACAAGGACGUCAACACUAUCAACACUUGGCGCGAGAUCCAGCACGACGCGAAGGUGCAGAACAAUGCCGACCUCCUCGCUCGUGGCAAGGCCGGCAUUCAGCUCACCGCGCGCGACCACGCCCGCACGCCGAUGCAGUGGGACCGCUCGCCCAACGCCGGCUUCUCCAAGAACUCGAAGGUCAAGCCUUGGAUGCGCGUCAUGGAUUCGUACCUCGAAGGGAUCAACGUCGCCGACCAGGAGAACGACCCCGAGUCGGUCCUCAACUUCUAUCGCCGCCUCCUCAAGCUUCGCAACGAGCAGCGCGAGCUCCUCGUGCUCGGCAAAUUCGACCUCGUCGACCCGCAGAACAGCAAGACGAUGGUGUACACCAAGACCUCGCGCGACGGCUCGAAGAAGGCGCUCGUCGUCCUCAACUUCUCCAGCGAGAAGCAGCCGCUCGAAAUCCCCGCCGACCUCCAGGGCAAGCCGAGCAAGAUGCUCUUCUCCACGCUCGAGAACGCGGCCGAUGCGGAGCUCGCGGCGUACGAGGCGCGCGUCUUCGUGUUCUAG